UUGGGUCUGAAAGUGUUAACAUCAUAAAAUGCCGUCUGCAACUGUUACCACUACAGCAACUGCUGAAGCAGAAGUUGCUAAAACUACCGUGGAAUGCUGCAAGACACCAGUGGAUCCAUAUAAGGUACCAGUAUCUCAUCAUAUGCCUGCUUCAAUCGAGUUCCAUACCACCCAAGAAGUUCAAGACAGUCAAAAGGAUUUCCCCUGGAGGGUUGUUGAACCCUUUGACGGAAAGGACUGGGUUAGUUGGGACAGUCUAGGCCUGGAAGUUCCGGAUGAAAAGAAUGAUAUUCGCUGGAGGCACUGUGCAGAUAUAUUCAUAAUUUAUUUUUGA